UCCUCAAUUCGUUCCCACACCCGGCCGGCCGGCCCAGCAUUAUAUUCAUCCAUCCAUCAUGCAUGCAUCUCUAGCUAUAUUCAUCCAUCCAUCAUCGAUCGAUCGACGACGACCGGCCGGGUCGCCAGUACGCACGUAAUCUCCAUCCAUCCAUCUCUUCUCUCGCUCUCCACUGCCACAAAACAGCUCAUUUGUUCUCCACUACCAGAAAACGGCUCAUUCGUCCCUGCACGUUAGUACCGGUCGCUCUCUCAUCCAAAUUAUUAACACCCAGAUGGCAGCAGCAGCAGCCGCCGCCGCCUACAGCAACAGCAAGGUGUCCCUGUCCUCCCGCGCCGUCGCCGCUGCGCUGCUCUGCCUGCUCCUCAUGGCUCAUGGCACCAGCUGCAGCGCCGGCUCAUCAUCCAAGCACAAGACCACCACCGGACGGCACAGCAAGGCCCACGCCGCCGCACCGACGCCGCCGUCGACACUUGCCGCCGCAGCUCCACCGCCGCCGCCAUCAUCCUCAUCGGCGGCCUCGACAUCGACGACGAAUUCCUCCACCAGUUCCAGUAGUUACCCCACCGCCAGCAACGGGUGGCUCAACGCCCGCGCGACGUGGUACGGCGCCCCCAACGGCGCCGGGCCGGACGACAACGGCGGCGCCUGCGGCUUCAAGGGCGUCAACCUGCCGCCCUUCUCGGCCAUGACGUCCUGCGGGAACGAGCCGCUCUUCAAGGACGGCAAAGGAUGCGGCUCCUGCUACCAGAUCCGCUGCGUCGCCCACCCGGCUUGCUCCGGCAUCCCGGAGACGGUCAUCAUCACGGACAUGAACUACUACCCGGUGGCGCCCUACCACUUCGACCUCAGCGGAACGGCCUUCGGCGCCAUGGCCAAGGACGACCGAAACGACGAGCUAAGGCACGCAGGAAUAAUAGACAUCCAGUUCAAGAGGGUUGCUUGCCAGUACCCUGGCCUGACUGUGACCUUCCACAUCGAGCGCGGGUGCAACCCCAACUACCUGGCGGUGCUGGUGGAGUACUCCAACGGCGACGGCGACGUGGUGCAGGUGGAUCUCAUGGAGUCGCGGGCGGAGGACGGCGAGCCGACGGGGGUGUGGGAGCCCAUGCGCGAGUCGUGGGGGUCCAUCUGGCGGAUGGACACCCGCCGCCCGCUGCAGGGGCCCUUCUCGCUGCGCGUCACCAACGAGUCCGGCAAGACGCUGGUGGCGGACCAGGUCAUCCCCGCCGACUGGCAGCCGGACAACGUCUACAGCUCCAUCGUCCAGUUUGAUUAAUCACUGCUUGCUUGCUUGCUUUUGAUUGCUUGCAGUUAGCUUGCUUGCAUUGCUUGAUGAUAAACAAUACGUACAAUUUAUCAUCAUGCAUGCAUCAUCAUUCAUGGCAGAUCGACUUGCAUUUUGCAUUGCACAUGCAUGCAUGCAUGGUAAUUAAUGAUGAUUACAUACUCCCUCCGUUCCAAAAAGAAUAUAAAUUUCGUUUCCCGAGAAGUCAAACAAUUCCAACUUUGACCGAAUUUAUACAAAAUACUACUAAUAUAUAUAUAUAUAAUAACAUAAAUAUCUUUAGAUUAAUCAUGUAAUAUAUUUCUAUACUACAUCAAUUUGAAAACACAAAUGUUUGUAAUUUUUUGUAUAAAUUUAGUUAAAAUUAAAAGUGUUUGACUUCUCGAAAAGCGAGAUUUAUAUUCUUUUUGGGACGGAGGGAGUACAUGUAUACAUACUCCUAUACUAUUAAUUACUUGCAUUGAGACGUCGCUUGUGAUGUCCGUCCGAUCCGAUCCUAGCUAUUAUAUAUGUAUGGGUAGUGCAUUAUAUUGCGAUGAAUAUAUGUUCCUUGCUGCUUAA